AUGACUAAGAAUAGUUUUAUUGAUGGAUCAUGCGAUAUAUUUUUUUAUAAUAAAUGUCCACUACCACCAGUUACCAUUAAAAUAAAUAUUGCCGAAUUUUGUUAUGAAGCAAAAAAACAUGUUGAUUGUGUGAAUAGACGUUUGGAAAAUUGUACAGAAGUUCAAGAAUAUGGUCCAGCUUUAGAAACUCUGAAAUUAACAUUCAAAGUUUAUCUAACUCAAGCAACAUCGCAUGGUUGCCAUGGUUUACAUGAUCAAAUACGUAUACCACGACGUCUUCCGCGUCCACGACGUUCAACAACAAGAAAACCACGCAAAAAUAAAUCAAAAAGGCGUCGAACAACAAUAGGUAUGAAAUAUGUUUGUCGAAAAAAACUUAUUAUUGAAUCUUGUGGACAUUGGAAUCAAUCGUUAGACAUUCUUAAUCAGACAAUAUGUCAUUAUGCAUUUCAAUAUAUUCAAUGUAUCUCACCAUUAAAAAUAAAAUGUCAAAAUAUGUUAUCAAAUGAUGUACAUAUAUUACAAAUUCAAACAUUUUUACAAAAAUGUUAUAAAAAAUUUAUCAAAUCAUCGAAUAAUCAUAUCGAUUGUUUAACUUCAAAUUUCAUUUUUACUUUUAUUAGUCUAAUAACUUAUAUAAUUUUUAAAGAUGAAUUUUAUCAAAUAUUAGAAUAUUUUUUUUGA